CAGUAAUAUAAUACCACAAGUCCCUACAAAGAACAUCAACAAGCAAAAGGCUCUUUUGUAACAAAAGACAACUGAAUUCGACCACCAAUACGGGAGCGAAAUCAGACAACCAGAUGUGAAACUCAGAUUUAAAAAUUGAAGCCCACGUUUCAGAAGCAACAACCAACCACUGUCUGUCGGAAUCAAAACAGCGCCAGACAGAAUAGGCAACUGUGAACUUCAACAACGACUAGAAACUAUCGGAGCGGCAAAACUGGUUAUGAGGUGAUGCGGGUGGCUAGCACCAACAGUCGCACACCACCCACUGUCGCGGCUACAUCUUUGAUGAAGAAGGGAAAUUCAGCAGGCUAAGAGAGACAGCAAAGAGGAAGAUAAUUUUCAUAAUUAACUAAUUGAUUAUUGGUUGUUGAAGUUUAUGAGCAUCAGGAAGAGGGGAGUUUCACUUCUUACACAAGUGAUGGGACAGUUGAUUUUUAUGGAAAACUAGCUAUGAAAGACAGCACAGGUGGAUGGAGUAGUGCUACAUUGUUGUUAGUGAAUCAAGGAUUGAUUGCAUUGGCUUUCUCAGGAGUGGAGGCAAAUUUGGUUCUCUUCUCAAAGUUAGUAUUAAAACAGACUAAUGUUGAAGCUGCAAACACUUUUGGCUUAUGGAUGGGAACUACCUAUUUCUUCUCUUUAAUUGGAGCUUUUCUUAGUGAUUCAUACUUAGGAAGAUACCUCACUUGCAUUUUAUUCCAAUUUGUGCUCAUCAUAGGUUUGGUGGUAUUAUCUUUGUCAACUCACUUCUUUUUACCUCAUGGUUGUGAACAAAUAGGAGUGCUAUUUGAAUCAGAUAGACAAGAUCAGUUUCCACUAUUUUACCUAUCAAUAUACUUAAUAGCCCUAGGAAGUGGAGUUUCUGACCCUGCAUUACCAAUACUUGGUGCUGAUCAAUUUGAUGAGGAAGAACCUAAAGAACAAAGAUCCAAGGCCUUAAUUUAUGGCUACUUCUAUGUUGCAUUGAAUUUGGGAUCUUUGGUUGCUGAGACUAUAUUGGCUUAUAUAGAAACUACAGGACAUUGGGUGAUGGGAUUUUGGAUAUGUACUAGUUGUGCAACUGUUUCCUUUCUUGUUUUGUUGAGUGGAACUCUUAGAUAUAGACACAAUAAAACUUUUGGAAACCCUUUCUCUAAGUUUAAACAAGUAAUUAUGUCCCUUUUGAGGAAAAUGAAAUUUCAAAUACACUCAAUUGGAGAAAGAGACUAUGAUAUUCAAAGGGAUGAUAAUUGUGUCAGAAGUAUACAUCACACAAAUGGCCUCAGGUUUCUUGAUAGAGCUGCUAUUGUCUUUGAUGAGGCAACUGGAAUGUUGCUAGGUAAAGGCCAAAAACCAUACACAUGGAAUUUUAGCAAUGUAACACAAAGUGAAAGGGCGAAAUAUAUUUUAAGAGUGUUACCAAUAUGGAUCUGUACCAUCUUCUCUUCUAGUGUCUUUAUACAAAUGCUUUCACUAUUUCUUGAACAAGGUUCAACAAUGGAUAGAACUUUUUUCAAGUUUCAAAUCCCUCCUUCCAGCAUGACAGCAUUCAAUAUCAUGAACACGUCAACAUUUAUCAUAUUAUUUGACGUUCUUAUCAUUCCACUAUACAUGAAAUUGACGAAAAAAUCUCCAAAACUUCCUAGUGAGCUACAAAGUAUCGGCAUUGGAUUCUCUAUAGCAACAAUAACGUUGAUUGUCGCUGGUUUGGUAGAGAGGAAAAGACUCGAGUUUGCUAGCAACGAUAGCGAAGAGACGAGUUCUUUAAGCAUAUUUUGGUUGAUACCACAAUAUAUGCUUUUAGGAGUGGCAGAAGCUUUUGUGAAUGUAGCACAAAUGAAGUUCUUUACAUCAGAAACACCAAAUGGGUUGGAAAGCUUGGGAAUGGGGUUAUCUAUGUUUUCAUCUGCAAUUGGUUGUUAUGUUGGUAACUUUAUUUUGACUGUGGUAAAUAAAAUUACAUCAAGUGAUAAUAAAGGUCAACAUGGUUGGGUUUCACCUAAUCUUAAUGAUGGUCAUUUAGACAGGUUUUUCUUCUUGACAGCAUUUUUAAUUAUCAUUGACUUGAUAGUGUAUAUUGUAUGUGCCAAAAGAUAUAAGGGAAAGUUAUAGUUUGAUUUGAUAGAAUUGGAAUAAAAAGUGAAGUUAGAUGUAUCAUACUUUUAUACUGCUUAUAGACUAUUGAUGUAAAGGAAGUUAUAUGUAACAUGCUUGAAGAGCUUAAAGGAAGUUUUUCUUCUCUUUAAUGAUAUUCAAAAUCUAGUGUCAAAUUUAUA